CAUGAGUGGGAGACCCCUCACCCACUUCUAUGAAGUUUGGUGAUUUAAAGGAAACUGCACAACCACAGUUUUCACACCUAGAUCAUCGCUGCAUCAGACUCUCUCUCUCCCCUGUGUGUGUCUACGUCUCUCUGCCCCUUUGCCUCACUCUCUCACCGAGUUAUAAAUAUAAGCUUUCAUGACAAGUCAAACAGUUUCAUCCAACUUCAGGGCAAGAGACACAAGAUCACCACACAGUCAGCCAGACAGGUCUUCGGUCGGCCUCUUUCGGUACUUUGCGUCUCUCCGACAGGGAUUGAAACCGGCAGUCACACCAGGCACGGACAGGCUUGGGAAUCGAACCGGCGACUAGCGGGCAGGGGUAUUACAAGUGGUCAUACGAUGGUUGCCAUGGCGAGGGCAGUGGUCUGUCUAUCUCUCUGGUUGUGUGUGUGUCAGAUCAGUGGCUUCCACAUGCCUGAGAAGAUAAACAGAACCAUCCAGAACCUCCUGCAGCACUAUAAAAUUCCACCUAAAGAGAGAUUUAACGGGCGGCCUGUCUUCUCCAGGGAACCACUGGCUGGCAAAACCGAGGCAAAGAUGGUGUUUAUGGGUGGUGUUUUGGAGACGUACGAAAAGCUGAUUGGCCAUAUGUUGAAGCAGCAGCCCACUUCGAGUCCCCAGACAGCCGGGAACGACCAGCGUCCCGCCUCUGCCGUCACCCCCGCCGCCAGCACUGCCAGUGACGCUGAGGCGGGAGCCGGCGGGAAAGUCCGGAUGGAGCUGAGCUACAUCCUGAAGAAGAUCCAGGAUCUGAGGAAACACAAUUACCAUGAGCAGGAGAAGCUUCUGAAGGGACUGCAGGCUCUGAACCACAUCCAGAUGGAUAACUUUGUCGUUCAGAGCAAAGCACUGUGGGAGCUGCCGUGGCUGUACGAGGAGGCGAGCUCACUGACUGAAAACAUCAGGAUGCAGAGGAGGAGGCGGCGGCGGCAAGCACGGAGAGUCAAAAAUCGUCCGAGAGCCUGAAAAAAGAAAAAGGCACAAGAUGUCAACAAUGACAGCAAUAAAACUAAAGUGCAAAAAGAAAUAACAGUAAAACACAGAUGCAGGAUAGUUAAUGACAAAUUAUAAAUGGAUAAAAUAACAUGAGAAAAAAUAUCCAAAUUUAAACCAGCGUGCCAACUUUUUAGAUUUUGUUUUCUGUUCUUAGAGGUUAUCAAAGAGAUAAUUAUUAUUAUUAUAAGAUAUUUAUUGCAAUGACUGUCAACCACCAGCAUAAGCCUAAUAAAUAUGGUCAUUUUGUAAAAUUAAUAUAUUUUUUUAAGGAAGUUUGGUGCUCGAUACUAAGCAGCGUGGCGGUUUGAUCCUGUGAAAUGUUUGUCCCUGCAGGAUCCAGAGAGCUAAUAACUAAUUGUAUUCAACAUGGAGUUUCACUCACUUCAUCAAUCACAGUAUCAAUCAGUAUCACCUGGAAAUACUUGUUUUCUUGAAUUUCAAAAACGGCAGAUGAUUUAAUGCUCAGAAAAUCAGCAGCUCAGGUUCAAAAUGAAGUAUAAUUACUUGUAUGGCAAAUCCCAUGUGAGCUUGUCUUGUAACGGAUCAGCUACUUACUACAAGGCUAAGAGUCUGAAUUCUUUGUAGUGAAACUCCUCCUUGAUGCACUCUGAUUGGACAGUGGUGGAGAGGUGGGCGGUGCCAGACUGACAGGAGAGCCCUGAUUGGUUGACAAAGCACAAGUGAAAUUCAUGUUUCACAUGUGAAAUAUGGUGUUCACAAUAUUUCACCUUUUGUUUAAUUUAUCACACUUGAAAGGAAUAUUACACAGGAAAUUGUUGUUUUCACGUGUGAUGUCUUCACUAUCACAAUCAUGUAAAGUUAUCACAUGUGAAAUGGUUUUCCGAACAUGUGAAAUUCCUUUCCUAGGGUGAUUGAUCAAAAAUCCAAAACCCAAACAGUGAAUUAAUUCAAAUUACAGAAAAUUUCCAGCCAGAUUUUAAGCUCUGUGAUUGGAGGGUUUUAUCGCAGAGAUCUCUGGGAAUCGCAGUUGAUUUCCCUUUUUACGUCGUCGUGAACACAACGUUGAACCACUGACUUUUCACCAGUGACGCAGAAUGUUUUGUCAAUGACUGUCGCUCCAGCAACCCCCCCACCAACAUCCGCACUGUACGGCUUAAAGAACUGAUGAUGAUGAUGAUGAUGAUGUUUACAGUACAAAGUGCACCAGAGUUCAAUGCUGACGUACUUAAAUGUACUACAGGUCCUCUGAACAUUCAGGCCCAGCACUGAAGUACUUCACUGCAGUACAGGUGCUCUGCAGCUGUAGCAGAAGUACGAUACUCUUCAGGGAUUUUUAUAUUUUUCUAAAAUGUUGUAAUUUUCUAUAUUUAUUUUGUAUUUAAGUUGUCUAAUUAUUACAUAUUUAAUAGUGAAUCAUACUGUUGUGACUUAUUGUUGUUUAUUUAUUGCGUAUUUAUUGAUUGGCACAUGUACACAAAUACAACUGAAUAAAACAGAAUGAACAUCAUUUUCUGAUUCCUGCCA